AUGGAGUUAUUCAAAUGCUUCCUAUUAUGUUUAGUUAUAUGCGUAGGAAAAAUUCACUCCUCCGACGAAGGGAUGUGCACGGCAAAGGAACAGUGUACGGUACAGGAGACAGAUACUGUGAGCAAUGACUUCUACUCGGCAGAUUUCAACAAAUAUUUUAGCGCAAUUGAAUCAUCCGUAGCGGGUUAUGUUCCUUGCAACAACACCAAUUGCAACUGCCACACAGACGUACUAAAGGCUGACCUAAAACCGUUCAAAUUGCAUGGCAUCACGAAAGACUCGAUCAACCGAGCGAAGCAGUAUGGAACGCACUAUCAGGUGGUCGGUCAUAAGCUGUACCGGCAACGCGAAUGCAUGUUCCCGGCACGGUGUUCCGGUGUGGAACAUUUCGUGAAACCUUUGCUGUCAUUGCUACCCGACAUGGAUCUGAUCGUGAAUUGUCGCGAUUGGCCCCAAAUCCAUAGGCACUGGAACAAAGAAAGGAUACCAGUACUUUCGUUUAGCAAAACAAAUGAAUAUCUCGACAUAAUGUAUCCCGCCUGGGCUUUUUGGGAGGGCGGUCCAGCCAUAGCUCUCUAUCCAACCGGUCUAGGGAGAUGGGACCUCCAUCGGAAAAGCAUUACGAAAGCAAGCACCGACUGGGACUCGAAGGAAUCGAAAGCCUUUUUCCGUGGUUCACGCACUUCGGACGAGCGUGAUGCCUUGGUGCUACUGUCCCGUGCGCAACCAUCGCUCGUUGACGCGCAGUACACGAAAAACCAAGCCUGGAAAUCUCCGCAGGAUACGCUGAACGCAGAACCGGCGCGAGAAGUGACGCUGGAGGAGCACUGCCGGUAUCGGUUUCUGUUUAACUUUCGCGGUGUGGCCGCUAGUUUUAGAUUUAAGCAUCUAUUCCUGUGCCGUUCGCUCGUUUUCCAUGUGGGUGACGAAUGGUUAGAAUUUUUCUAUCCCUCAUUGAAACCAUGGGUACAUUACGUCCCGGUACCGGUACGCAGUAGUCCAGAGGAACUGGAAGCAUUAAUCAGGUUCUUCCAACAGCAUGAUCAGCUGGCGCGUGACAUUGCCGAGCGAGGAUACGAUCAUGUUUGGAAUAAUUUGCGCAUGGGCGAUGUCGAAUGUUACUGGAAAAAAUUGUUAAAACGGUACGGAAAGCUAGUACGCUACACGGUUGAGCGUGAUUCCAGUUUGAUCGAAGUGUAG